AAAUAGCAGCAUAUUGAUGGGCAAUUGCUGGGAGGAGCCAUUUGUAUUUGUAGAGCGUGUGAGCGCAGGAUAGCACAUCGUGGCUCUGUUGUAGGCAUUUUGGAAGGUUGACGCUGGAUUUUUGCUAGUGCCGUUUACCUCCUUGCACAAGAGAAUGUUUGCAGAAAUAUAUCGAAGAGGGCAAUAUGCAGUCCAAGUUCUUCGCACACAAGUUUCGGCAGAUCAAAGCCCAGCCGCUCUUUUGGGACUCGGCAGAUGAGCAGCCCAGCUACAGUCCAAGCAGGUGGACCUUUUGAAUAUGCUUGAUCUAUUGUCAUGGGUUGAGCGGGCUAGUGAAGCAUACCGUAGUGCGCUUCUGGCGCGAAAAUUUUGGGCCGCAAACGGCCUCCCAAUUUUGAAUUCAAGGUCGAACUUGAAAUGUCAGACACUCAUUAGCCAAUCACAGUCCCUGUGUUGCAAGAAUAUACAUAUAGAAUCUCAGGACCGAUUCUCCGCUGAGUUUGAUAUCAAGUGUGAAGCACCACGUUUGCUCUCAUAAGUAUUGUUGGCACAAGAGCGCCGUUUGUCUGUGUAGCUUGUCAUGCAGUGCAUGCUUGUACCCUGCAGGAGUUUCUGUUGGCGCAGCUGCACAAGACUGCAGUUUUGGACUAUUGCAUCGAUGGCCUCCAAAGGCUUGGACCUGUCAUGAUGAUGCGUAUGGGAGUUUGGCAUGGUCUAACAGUGUUGGCUAUGCAAUGAAACCAAGUUAUGGAAUCCUGUAUAGCUUUCCAUGCAUGUUUUAAAUGGCUGACACUUCAACAAUU